CUGCCAAUGCUUAGAAGCUUCUACCCCAAUUCUGACAUUCUAUUUUGCGGACAGGUUUAUUUGCCUAGCAUGGAGGCAAUGAUCAUUAAGAACGUGGUCAAAUUACAAUUCAUGAAAGAAGCAGUGUUUGAUUUCGAGUGGCUGAAGGUUAGAGGAAGAGAUGUAGAAGUCACAUUCAAUCAGUUUGAUUCAUUGUUCUUAUAUGGUUUACCUCAGCUCACGCAUAUAUGGUGGAUGGUUCCCAAAGAAUUUCAAGGUUUCAAAAAUCUGAGCUGGCUAAUCAUCAAGAAGUGUCACAGUUUGAGAUAUUUAUUGUCACCUACUGUGGUAAAAUUGCUAGUGAAUCUACAAGAGUUAGGUGUGAUGGAUUGCGAGGCAAUGGAAGAAAUCAUAUCAAUGGAACAAGACGGUUCCAAGACCAACGUUGUGGAAGAAAUGGCGAUGGAUAAGAUUGUGUUCUCACAAUUGAGGCAUCUAAACCUUGUCGAUCUAGAAAACCUCACUGUUUUUUGCUCCGGAAAGUAUGAAUGUCAAUUUCCUUCAUUAAACAGCGUGGUCAUUCGAAACUGCACAGAAAUGAAGAAUUUCUGUUCUGGACCGAUAUGCACACCAAAGCUUGAAAGAGAAAAUGUAAAAAUUGGCAAACAAGAGGUUUGGAUGGGUGAUCUGAAUACAACCAUACAAUGUGCAGAUUCAAGCUUUAUAGAAAAAGAUGAAGAUGAAGAUGAAGAUAGAGAGAUACAGAAGAUGAGGAUAAGGAUGGAGUUGAAGAUGAUGAAGAUGGAGAUGAAGGUGAUGGAGAUGAAGAUGAAGGUGCAGUGAUGGAUGGAGAAGAAUAAGAAAAAACCUGCAGAAGAUGAAGACGAUGCAGCAUAAAAAGAUGAAGCAGCAGAAACUUUUAAAACUCAGAAAAGAUGUUCACUUGGAGUCUCUCUCUCUCGUAUUACUUUUUGCAAUAAAUGAUCACUAUUUAAAUGAUACCCUAACUGCACUAUAUAUCCCUUUCCUUGAGUAAUGUCUAAUAUAUAUAUGAAUUUCCAGUUUUGAGGUUGAUUAGUUAAUACAGAUGGAAGUUUGUUUUUGAUAGUCAUGAUUGCACUGGGCUGGACCAUGUAGUUAUUCAAAGUGGCUUUGAGAGUUGUUUGGAUGAACAACUAUCCUCCAUGGCUUCUUAGUUUACUCGUUUUCUGUAAAAUAAUUUUCUGAUGACCUUUGAACUCUCUG